AUGUCAAACUUCAAGCUCCCUCAAUUACCUUAUUCCUAUGAUGCACUUGAGCCAUACAUCAGUGCAAAGAUCACAGAGAUUCAUUAUACCAAGCACCAUCAAACCUAUGUUAACAACUUGAAUGCAGCUUACGAUAAAAUUUCAACAGCUAUCAAAAAUAAUGAUGUUCAGUCUCAAAUUGACUUACAACAAUCCAUCAGAUUCAAUGGUGGUGGUCAUAUCAACCAUUCCCUUUUCUGGGAAAAUUUAACACCAGCAAAUUCAAAAGAUUUUCGAGGUGGUGCUGAGUUGAAGAAACAAAUUGAAGAGCAAUAUGGCUCAUUCAAAAAAUUUGAGGGUAAAUUCAUUGAAUUACUUUUAGGAAUUCAAGGUUCAGGAUGGGGUUGGUUAGUUAAAGAUAACGAAACCGCAAAACUGGUGUUGUUUUCUUCUCCAAACCAAGACCCUGUACCAUCAAAAUAUACUCCUUUGAUUGGUAUUGAUUUCUGGGAACAUGCCUAUUAUAUUCAGUAUUACAACAAUAAAGCAGAUUAUGCAAAACAAAUCUUCAAUGUAUUGAACUGGGAGGUUGCUGAGAAAAGAUGGAAAGGUAACUAUGAAUUGAAAUUAUAA